CCAAGUUUGGAGGGUUUCAGUGUGUGUUGAGGAACAGGCAGAGCCUUUCAGAGGCUUCACCCCAGCUGGGUCUCUAGAACCAGUACCCGAGGGAGUUCUGACCAGCAGCCUCUGCCCUGAGAAUACCAACUGGGUCCUGGAGCAGUGCGGAGGGUGGUGGGUGAGCUGGGACUUGGUGAGACCCACCCCCUCCAUGCUCAGCCAUGUGGACGGUUGCAAAUCUCCAUGUUGGGGCCUUGGGUCUCUUGGUGGUCGCGGCUUCCUGGGCAGUGGGCAGCCAGCGGAGGGCAGCCGAGGGGGGCAUCCGCAGGAGGUCGCACCGGGUUCAGAACGGGCGCUGCAGUUACACCUUCGUCCUGCCAGAGGCCGACCCCCCACCCUGCCAGCACCCUGGGGAGACCUUCAAUGUCAACACGCUGCAGCGGGACUCCCCUUUGCUGUGGAGCGAUGACCAGUCCACCCAACGGGUCCAGCAGUUGGAGAGGGUCUUGGAGAACAACACCCAGUGGCUGCUGAAGCUGGAGAGCUACAUCCAGAUGAAUAUGAAGUCGGAAAUGGUGCAGAUCCAGCAGAAUGUGGUGCAAAACCAGACGGCCACAAUGCUGGAGAUCGGAACGAACCUCUUGAACCAAACAGCGGAGCAGACUCGGAAACUGACUGACGUGGAGGCUCAGGUACUCAACCAGACUUCCCGCAUUGAGAUCCAACUCCUGGAGAACUCUCUGUCCACUAAUAAGCUGGAGAAGCAGCUGCUGAUGCAGACGAACGAGAUCCACAAGCUGCAGAACCGAAACAGUAUUUUGGAGACCCGAGUCCUGCAGAUGGAGACGAAGCACCUGAUGGAACUGGAAGGGAUCCGGACGGAGAAGGAGGAGCUGCAGCAGCUGGUGAGCCGGCAGAGCGACACCAUCGAGGGCUUGGAGAAGUCUCUCCACGCGGCCAGCGACAACACCAGCCUGCUUCAACAACAGCAGCUGCAGCUUUUGGAGUCGGUUCAGAAUUUGGUCCAGCUGGUCUCCCAAGGCAAAGUUCCUCCAAAGAAAGAAGACCGGCUGUUCCAGGACUGUGCAGAAAUCCGCCAAUCUGGAGUUAAUCUCAGUGGGGUUUACACCCUCCAAAUCAACAAUCUGACUGAACCCAAGAAGACCUAUUGCGAUAUGGAGACGGACGGAGGCGGCUGGACAGUGAUCCAGUACCGAGUCAACGGAAGCGUCAGCUUCCAAAAGAACUGGAAAGAGUACAAACAAGGCUUUGGGGACCCAGCAGGAGAAUACUGGCUGGGGAAUGAGGCAGUCCACCUCCUGACCAACCAGGGAGCCCAUUCUUUGAGGGUGGAACUCCUGGACUGGGAAGGCAAUCGCGCCUACGCCCACUACGAAAAGUUCCAGCUGGGAAGCGAGCGCCAGCGAUAUAGGCUUUUCUUGAGAGGCUACAAAGGCAGCGCUGGGCAGCAAAGCGGCUUGUCUCUCCAAGGGACGGGCUUCAGCACGCGAGACGCUGACAAUGACAACUGCCGGAACUGCAAGUGUGCCCAGAUGCUUUCUGGUGGUUGGUGGUUUGAUGCCUGCGGACUCUCGAACCUGAACGGCAUCUACUACCCAGCGAGGCACAAUAUCCGGAAACUGAACGGGAUCCGGUGGCACUACUUCCAGGGGCCAGGCUACUCGCUAAAGGGCACGAGGAUGAUGAUCCGUCCUUCAGGCAGCCCUGAAGGAGCAUAGCGGAGAGAGGCCGUGCCGGGCUGCAGUUUCUGUGAGCCAGGGAAAGCAAACCUUGGCACAGGUAACAGGAACUGCCUUCAGGUUUGGACAGGUGGCAGGUGCAGAGAGACUCCCUGGGAAAGAGGCCCUUGUGGCUAGGAAUUCACGGCUGCGGUCGGAUGCAAACAGCACCAGCUCUGAAGCUGUCUUUUGUGGGCUUUUGGACUUCCGAGGAAAAAGUACGGCGAUCUAUUCUGUAUGUUAAAGGCCAGAUCUGCCCGUGAAAAGUGUGUCACGCUAUCCGGCUCAUUUCGGGGCAGGGGGCGAGCUUGUUGGGUAAAUGCAGAAAAAUCUGGUAAGAUUUAUAUUAUGCUUCAGGCUUUAUUUGGGUAAAGGCACACAUGAUCCUGCCUGUGUUGGACACUGGUUCUGCAGAGAUUGGUGGGAGUUCAGAAACAUCUGGAGAGCCAAAGUUUUCCCCAUCCCUGAUUUAUAUAGGACAGAAUCAUGCUCUGAAGAUGAAGCUCUGAGUUCCCUUCUUUUGCUUCCCAUAAACACAAAUAGGCUCAGAGACCCCACAAUUUGGAGCCUCCGGUGCCAUGAAUGGACUAAGCCGCCCUCUGCUGGCAUAGUCUGGGUUGCAACAUCCUUGCAAGAGACCGUGAAGUGUUUCUGCUGUGGUCGAGGGGGGCUGUAUCAAACUGGCUGUUUUCAUCCCCUUGCUUCAGCGAUGGCCGGAUAAGCUGAUCUUUUCUCCACGUUGAACUGUUCAGCAGGGCUAGCCCAAGAUGGAAAAUUCAAAAGGACCCCUCCCCUUAUUCUGCAGCAGGAAGAAUCAAGUCUCCAGUGAACCCUCCUGCCAAAGGCUCAAUAAAAAUCUCACCUCACAACACCCCAAACCCUCCAGCCUUGAAAGCUGAGAUUCCCCUUUCUACCUGCCCUGUAUUUAUCCCUACAAGCCCUGCUUGAGGGCCAAAGCACAGCAGCUGCUUGGCAAAUAAUGUCUGUGAACAUUUCGUGAUAUGCAGCAACUCUGCCAAUAGUGAAGUGGCCGUUUUUCGCCUGCAAUAGACCGUAUUGGCCCGAAUAGAAGCUGCACCCGAAUAUAAGCCACACUUUUUAAAUUGGAGGGAGGGGAGAGGGAAAAAAUACCCAAAUAUAAGCCGCUCCAGUCCUUGCAGCUCCUGGCUUUAACUUUUCACGGUCGGAAUUUGGGGGGAAGUGAGGCUUCUAUUCAUGCCAAUACAGUAUAAAACGAGAAGUAUUUUUUCUUUCUGUUGCACCUCCAACGUACCAAAGCGCUUCACUUCCUACGGUGGCCUGGACUCCAGGGAUGACAAAUUGCCCAGGGCCCAAAUUUCACCCAGGGAGCACAUGAUUCCAAAUGUCCAUAGAUGCACACAAGCACAUGAAUGGAAGCCUGAUCCGUCUAUAUACCACGAAUGAUCCCCAUUCCCUCUGCAUGCAUUCCAUUCGUGGGAGGUUGGGGGGGGGGUUGGUGCGGAUAUAAUUUUUGGUUGACUUUAGAGCCCGAGGCCAUCAAAUUGUGACCCAAUGGUGUCACUGCCUUGUACCUGGUCCUAGAGACAUCAGCGUAGCCACCUGGGGUCCUUUGGGAGGAAGGACACAAUAUAAUAAUAAUAAUAAUAAUAAUAAUAAUAAUAAUAAUAAUAAUAAUAAUAUAGUAUCCUUGUCAUGGAUAUUAGUGAAAAAUAGAUCGACUGGGAUCACGGAAGCCUCUUCUUAAUGCACAAUUUCACUUAGUUUUAAAUGAGCUUUGUAAAUAGUAAUCUUUGUUUUGUGAUUGGGUUGUUGCCUAUGAUUCAGUAGAAGAAAGGAGUUAUAUUCACUCUCAUAUUAAGCUUGUUGUAGCUGGCCUCCAGUCUCAUCUUUGUCUUUUUCACCCCGUCCACUUCAAAGUGUCUCCCAAACAGUAUUUGAGAUCUUUGUUCAUCCGAAUGUCUCCUCCUUUUAUUCAUAUUUCUGGAAAACCAAAGAAAGGCGUCGGGAAGUGGCUUGGGGUGGGGAAGGACGUUGGUCAAGUUAGUAUUGUUAAUGUUGUUGGUUAAUAUGCCAAGAUGAACACGAAGAGGGAAUAUUUUCUGAAGCAUCAAAAGAGCUUUAUGACAGGUAACCAGCAGGCAGCACAAACCUGGAAUAAAAAGUGUUUUGUUUUGAGCUUAGUGGAAAGUCGUCGUUUAGGAAAGGUUGGCAAUUAGAUGAUAAAGUUGGAAUUCAGACAGUUCAUUAUUUAAGAGUGAUAAUCCAACACAUUUUUAAUUAGAUUUUAAAAAUUAGAGAUCAUUGCUGAUAUACCCUCUCAGUUAUCUUGACUUCUCCACCUCCUUCAGGACAAGAAUGGAGAGAUCAUUUAGAUAAGAUUUUUGAAGAAAAGCCUAACUCCUUAAGAAGCUUUCGAAAUGCGCUUUUACUUAUUACAAUUACCACUAUUGCGUUCUUUGUUUUCCGCUCUCAUGCUAUAUCUCGUUAUCCUGUAAAUACAGUUUUGAAAAUUUGAAAUACACUAAGUUUUUAUAAAGAA